AUGGCGUCAUCAGCAGUUCCCAAUGGCGGUUCCGACUCCUCCUCUCUCAUUGUCAGCUUCGGUGAGAUGCUGAUCGACUUCGUCCCCACCGUUUCCGGAGUCUCCCUCGCCGAGGCUCCCGGCUUCCUCAAGGCUCCCGGCGGCGCCCCCGCCAACGUCGCGAUCGCGGUCGCCAGGCUCGGCGGCAAGGCCGCUUUCGUCGGGAAGCUCGGCGACGACGAGUUCGGGCACAUGCUGGCCGGGAUCUUGAAGGAGAACGGCGUGAUCGGGGAUGGAAUCAACUUCGACAAGGGAGCCAGGACUGCUCUGGCGUUCGUCACUCUGAAGGCCGACGGCGAUCGCGAGUUCAUGUUCUACCGGAAUCCCAGCGCCGACAUGCUCCUGCAGCCGGAGGAGCUCAAUCUCGAGCUCAUUAGAUCUGCCAAGGUUUUCCACUACGGAUCCAUUAGCUUGAUAGUGGAGCCAUGCAGGUCGGCCCACCUCAAGGCAAUGCAGGAAGCCAAGGACGCUGGCGCCCUGCUCUCGUACGACCCCAAUCUGAGGCUGCCGUUGUGGCCUUCCGCUGAGGAGGCCCGCGAGCAGAUACUAAGCAUCUGGGACAAGGCUGAGAUCAUCAAGGUCAGCGACGUGGAGCUCGAGUUCCUCACUGGAAGCGACAAGAUCGACGAUGCCUCUGCAUUGUCGCUCUGGCACGACAACUUGAAGCUGCUCCUCGUCACCCUCGGCGAAAAGGGUUGCAGAUAUUACACCAAGGGUUUCCAUGGAUCAGUGGAAGCUUUCCAUGUGAAGGCAGUGGAUACAACAGGUGCAGGGGAUUCCUUUGUUGGGGCUCUUCUCACCAAGAUCGUUGAUGACCAGUCCGUGCUUGAGGAUGAAGCAAGGUUGAGGGAAGUGCUGAAGUUUGCAAAUGCUUGUGGGGCAAUCACAACCACCAAGAAAGGAGCCAUCCCUGCUCUCCCUGCAGAAGCCGAUGCUCUCUCCCUCAUCAACUCCUCCUCUCAGUAG